ACUAUUUAUAUUAUUUAUUUUCAAAUUGAAAGUUUAGUUGUCAAAACGAGUUUUCAAAACAUUUUACGUAACGCAAUGACGUUGGUCUGGAGAUUCAGGCAUGAGACGUAUACUGAGCUUCUGCACGUCAAGUAAUAUCGGCAAUAUUGUGAAAGCUUUUAAGCCCCGUAUUUCCUUUGCGAGCUAUAAUCAAUCGUUAUAUACCUCGUUUGUCUGCAGUAAAUCUACGGACAGCGGCACCAGCAUGGAUCUGAGUAACAUGAGAAAAAGCUAUAAGAGCGACCAAGAGUGUUUUGAGGAAGACCAGCUUGCUUCCCUAGAUCCAAUUAAGCAGUUUGGCAACUGGUUUGAACAGGCAACAAAAUGUCCUGAGGUUGGAGAAGCCAAUGCAAUGUGUCUUGCAACAGCCACCAAAGAUGGCCGUCCUUCUGCCCGCGUGGUCCUUUUAAAAGGUUACAGCGAGGAAGGAUUUUGCUUCUUUACCAACUACGAGAGUCGGAAAGGUUUGGAACUGGAAAGUAAUCCCUAUGCCUCUCUUGUCUUUUACUGGGAACCAUUAAAUAGGCAAGUUCGCAUUGAAGGCACUGUAAACCGGAUCCCAUAUGAUCGUUCGUGUGAAUACUUCCACUCAAGGCCCAAGAGCAGUCAGAUCGGUGCUGUUGUUAGCAGGCAGAGCACAGUAAUACCGAGCAGACAGUAUCUGAGAGACAAGAAUGCAGAACUUGAAGAAAAGUAUAAGGACACAGAUGUGCCGAUGCCAAGUUACUGGGGUGGAUACAUAGUCAAACCAUUCUUGAUUGAGUUCUGGCAGGGUCAGACUAAUAGAUUACAUGACCGAAUAGUCUUCAUGCGACCGAAAGAGGGAGAAACUGAUAUGCAGCAUCAGGCAGAGGGGGGUUGGAUAUACCAACGGUUGUCCCCUUGACAGAGUACAUAGUAUGGGAUCAACAUCACCAUCUGUGACAUUAAUGCAAUCAUAUAUAAAAAAUUAAUGAUAUUAAGUUUCAUAUAGAUGAAUAUUUCUAGGAUUUGGUAUGGGCAGUGACUGCCUGAGGACAUGUUCAUUUUAAAUGUGUAGACUUAAUAAAUACCAAAAGGGAAAUUUGAUCAUUGUGGAGAUAAACUUAUGAAUAGACUGUAAUCUCACUUGAAAGUGCAAAGUCGUCUGCCUAAUGUUGUUUAAUAAUUGAAAGCACAGCUGUACGUGCAAUAUUAACUGUAGUUUUACCGAACUUAGCCUUUGGACCUUUGUGAAACCUUCUGUGAAAAUUGUCACUUGU